AUGUCACGAAAACGAGCAAAAUAUUUAGUGGAUUUAGCCAAAAAGGAGAAAAAUUCAUUGAAGAGUUUUGAUAAAAAUGGUGAGAUACCACUUCAUACUGACGAGAGAGAAUCCUCGCAAUUACCUGCUGAAGUUGAUAAUCCUGAAUUCGUGGUUUUGUAUAAUCACGUCAUGUUUGAAGAGCCUAUUCAAGAGCAUGAUUAUUCUAUAGUCAGUUCUGCAAGCCGAGAUAUAGAAAAUUACAAAAAUGAUGUAGUAUUACAAGAUAUAAAUUUGAAUAACUUGGGGCUCCUAAAACUCCACUUAAUAUUUAUUCACCAAAUGUAUUGA